AGCCAUUUAGAAGACGGGAAAAGGAAGACGUCCUAUAUGAGGACGCUACCGAAACCCAUUUCUAACUUCUGAAAUGAGCUAUACUGGUGGUAAACAGCAAGCGCCACUCUUACAGCAGCCUGCAUAUCCAAUAUAUCAGCAAGGAUAUUCAUAUGACAAGUCUGAGGUGGUUCCCGGCGCGAUGCCGGACGGCCGAGCGGCGGCCAUGAACCCGGCCGGCGGCCGCUACCCGCAGCAGCCGGGCGCGCCGCACACGAUGUACGGCCGCGGCGGCCCCGCAGUGGACGGCAACGCGGCCGCCUACCAGCAGCAGCAGCAGCACCAACAGCAACAGCAGCAGCAACAGCAGCAGAUGAGGUCGCAGGCGGGCGGCAUGCCGUACGGCGGCCGCGGCUCGGGCGGCGGCCGCGCCCCACAGCCCGCCUUUAGCGGUAUGGCCGUGCCGCCGCCGGGAGGGCCUCACUACAUGCCCGCCGGCCAGCCGGCCUCUCAGCCGGGCUUCUACGUUGUGAACAUGCCACAGCAGGCUGUCAUGCAGGGACCAGGGAGCUUCAGCAUGCCAGUACCAAUGCCUAUGCAGUACCCUGGAGGAUACAUGCCGCAGCGCCCACAUGGGCCGGCGCCGUACGCGCAGCAGAUGUGGGCCCAGCAGCAGCCCGGGCCGGGCCAGAUGUAUAUGCCGCAGCAGCAGCAGCACGCCCAGCGACCGAUGGCGGCCAUGCCGCCGGCGGCGCCGGCGCCCCAGCAACCCGCCCAGCAGUCGCGCGUCAGUAAACGGAUAGCCAUCAUCAACCCCAAUACUGGCGAGGAGGUGUCGACGGCGCCCCGCGAGCAGGGCUCCUCGGCCGCUGCCGGCGACAAGCAGACCGAACAGAACGCCGCACCGGGCUCGCGCCAGGUGGCUGCUGAUUUCGCCAAGAUGGUGGCGCAGGCUGCCACCUCGUCCCGGUCGCGGACCACAUCCGAGGCUGCCGAGCCGCCGCCGGCCGCGCCGGCACCUCCGGCCGAGCAGCUGAACGGCUCAGUCAGCACACCUCCCGGCGCCGGGCCGCCGCCGCCCACACCGGCCGAGACGCCGCCCGAGAAACCUCCGGCGGCCGCCCCCGCCCCCGCCCCGGCAGCAGCACCGGCAGCGGCGCCGGCGCCGGCACCUGCGGCAGCCGCCCCGGCCCCCGCCGCCGCUCCCGCCGCCGCCCAGCCGGCAGCGCCCGCCGAGGAAGAAGGCCGCUCCAGUUCACAGAAGAAGACUAAGGCUAAGCAGAAGAUGCGCGAGCUCAGCCGACGGGCUGAGGGCAAGGAGGCGGGAGGGGAUAUGGACGCGUUCGUCGACUCGAAGCCGGCGCCCGAGCGACCGCCCGUGCCUCCGGCGGCCGCCCCCGCCCCCGCUCCGGCUGCGACGCCGGCAGCCGCAAAGCCUGCGGCAGCGGCGGCGGCGGCACCGGCCGCCUCCAAGCCGGCUCCGGCGGCGGCAGCGGCCCCUGCCUCCAAGCCGGCUGCGGCCACAAAGCAGAGUACCCCUGUGACGUCACCCGCUCAGCCGGCUGCGGCCCCGCCAGCCGCCAAACAGACCCCCGCGCCCGCGCCCGCCCAGAAAACCGCCCCCACUCCGGCUCCGGCGAAACAGACGCCCCCUGCGGCGGCGCCGGCCGCGAAACCCGCGCAGGACUCCGCUCCGGCUCCCAAACAGGCGGCAGCGGCGCCCGCCAAGCCCGAGACUGCGGCGCCCGCGGCCAAGCCCGCUGCGGAGCCGGCAAGCAAGCCCUCUCCUGCUGCGGCCCCUGCCCCGGCGGCGCCGGCGGCGGCAGCCCCCAAGAAGGUGGCUGAGCCGGCUGCCCCGGCUGCGAAGCCUGCCGCCGAGCCGACCCCGAAGCCGGCUCCGGCGGAGAAGGCCGCAGAGAAAGCCGCUGAGAAGCCGGCCGCCAAGCCCGCGACGCCGGCGCCGGCGAAGGCUCCGGCCGCCCCCGAGGCUCCGACCGCUACCCCGGCACCGAAGGCAGCGCCGGCGCCCGCGGAGGCCGCGCCGGCCGCGGCGCCUCCCGCUAAGGCGUCGACUCCCGCGCCGGAGCCGGCCGCUCCCGUCAAGGAGGCGACUCCUACCCCGGCUCCGGCUCCGGCACCGGCACCGGCACCGGCUCCUGCUGCGGCUCCUGCGCCGGCGGAGAGCAAGCCAACCCCGCCACCUGCCGCGGAGGCCAAACCGGCUGCUGCGGAGGUCAAGUCGGCCGCUGCGGAGGUCAAGCCUGCUGCGCCCGAGGCCAAGCCUGCCGCGCCGGCCAAGGAAGCGCCCAAGAAGGAGGAGCCUGUCGCCGAGAAGCCCGCCCCGGAGAAGCCAGCGGCGGCACCGGCCGCGGAGCCGGCUGCCCCGGCCGAGCCGGCGGAGAGCGCCGCCCCCGCUGCCGACGAGGAUGAGCUGGAGGAGGGCGAGAUUCGCGACGACGAGCCCGUGGUGAACGGCACUGACGCCAAGGAGGAUGGCGAGGAGGAGAAGCCCAAGACGGCCUGGCAGCUGCAGCUCGAGAGGAUGAAGGAGGAAUCUGUCCGUAUCGCCGAGAGGCUGCAACAGAAGAAGCAGUACAACCGGGACGACUUGAUGAAGCUGAUGGCGCACCCGCUGUCGCAGAAGCGGCCCGACCAGCUACCCGACCUGCCGUCCAUUGUGCGCACCACUAAGGACCGGUCGCAGGGCGAUCCGGCGCGCAACUUUGCCGCCAUCAAGUCGCGCAGCAUGGGCCCCAUGACUAACCCGAUGGAUUACAACGUCGGCUUCAAGCAGCUGCCCAGCAAGGGUUACCGGGGCCGCGGCUCGCAGCAGGGACGGCGUGACAUGCCGCCGCCGCAGCAGGGCGGGCCGCGCCAGAUCUCCAUCAGCCUCGGCCGAGACGUCAAGCUCAAGGAGUCAGAGAACGCUUGGAAGGCGUCCUACAAGGCGCCGGCCGGAGAGAUGGAUGAUGAUAUGAAGGUCAUCAAGGCCUUCAAGGGCAUCCUCAACAAGAUCACACCCAACAACAUCGAGAGGUUGACGGGCGAGAUCAAGAAGCUGGCGCUGGACACGGAGCACCGGCUGCACGAGAUGAUCCAGACGCUGUUCGAUAAGGCGGUGGAUGAGCCCAUGUAUGCCGAUCAGUAUGCCAGUAUCUGCGUCGCCAUGAGCAAGACUGAGGUGACGGGCGCCGACGGCAACGUGGUAGUUUUCCGCAAACUGCUGCUCACCCAGUGCCAGCGCGAGUUCGAGAAGGACAAGACGUCCGAGCUGAACCGCGACGAGCGUCAGAAGGAGAUCGACGCUGAACAGGAUGAGGAGAAGCGCAAACGCAUGACCUUCGAACUGCAACAGGAGAGCGUCAAAAUCCGACGGCGCUCCAACGGAAACAUUCGCUUCAUCGGCGAGCUCUACAAGCUCAACAUGCUCUCGGAUCGCAUCAUGCACCAGUGUAUCGUCAAGCUGGUCAAGGAUAAGCACGAAGACUCGUAUGAGUGCCUCUGCAAACUGAUGACCACCAUCGGAGAGAAGUUGGAGACGGCCGAGCGCAAGCGCGGCAAGGACCUCAGUCAGAUGUUUGCCGACUUCAACCGACUGGCCACCGACAAGAGUCUGGCAUCGCGCAUCCGGUUCAUGCUGCAGGAUCUGAUCGACAUGCGCAACAACAACUGGGUGAACACGCGCACGGUCGGACAGGCCAAGCCGAUGACGAUCGAGGAGGUGCACAAGCAGGCGCGCCAGCAACAGGUCGAACAGCAGGCGAUGCUCGCACAGGCCGAGGACCGACGGCGCAACGACCGCGGCACUGACCGGCGCCGCGGCGGCGGCGGCGGCGGAGGCCGGGACGGCGGCCGCGGCAGCCAGCCGGGCCCCACAGAUGGCUGGAGCACAGUCAGCCGCAGCCGGUUCGACGCGUCUCGCAUGCUGAACGCGAUCGGCAGCGGCGCCAGCCAAAUGGAGGCCGGCGCGCUCAAGAUGGGCCCCGGCGGCGGCAGCUCGUGGUCGUUCGGCUCCAAGGUGGGCUCUGGCCGGCGCAGCGGGCCGGCGGCGCCCGCCCAGCCCGAGGUGCGCACCACGCCCAACAUGUUCGGCAUGCUGCAGGAGGACGGCGGCGGCAGUGUGGCGCCGACCGUCCGGCUGGGUCCCGGCGGCGGCGGCAGCGGCAGCGGCGGCCGGCUGGGCCCGACCCGCGGCUCCACCGGCCGCGACGCCCAGAAGCCGGCGCCGGCGGCCGGCGGUCCGCAGCUCAAGGGACCGGAGACGAUGGACGACGAGAAGAUGCAGGGCCUGGUCCGCCUCAUCUGCGAGGAGUACAUCGACUCGAAGGACUACAAGUCGAGCGUUCAAGAUGUCGAGGAGAAGCUGCACGCAAACACUGUGGCGCGCUUCGUCGGUGAGUGCCUCAACAAAUACGUGGACGCGCGCUCCACGGAGCAGCGCCACCUGAUGGGCGAGCUGCACCGGAACAUGCUCGAGAGCGGCCACCUGACGGCCGAGGCCUACCUGACCGGCGCCAAGGAGCUGCUCGAGGUGGCCAGCGACCUGGCCUGUGACAUCCCGUCGCUGUGGGCCAACCUGGGCGAGCUGCUGGCGCCGCCGCUCACCGCCGGACGUGGCGUGACGCUGGAGAGGCUGGCCGCGCCGGCCGCAACCAUCGUGGCCGACCGCUACGGCGCCAAGUUCGUGACGGGCGUGCUGAAGCGGCUCAAGUCGUUGCAUGGUGCCGACAAAGUGCGCUCCCUUGUGCCGACCAACUUCGACUGGAAGCUCUACUUCGGCAGCGAUGACCACGUCCAGCCGCUGAUUAACGCUCAGCUUGGCUUCCUGGUGGCGGGCGCCAAUGUGCCCCUCUCGCUGGAGGAGGCGCCCACCAGCAAGGGCGUGCGCGGCCUGCUUCGUGUCGUCCAGGAGGAGUCGGACAUUAAGGCCUGGGUGCUGAAGAACGUUAGCGAGGAGGAUCGCGCUUCGACCGCCUUCAUCAAGGAUUUGGUCAGCGCUCUCUGCUUUGACUGUAUUGUGAUAGAUAACGGUGCCAAGCGGGUGCAGCUGAAGCGGCUCGAGGACCAUGGCGCCCUGCUCAAGUGCCUGAUUGUGAAGGAGGAGCUGGAGCUGGCCGCGCUGUACGGCGUGAUGGCGCUGGUGCGGCAUCUGCAAUUUCCCCCGGGCAUGCUGGACCAGUGUUUCCGUCAGCUGUACGACAUGGAGGUGAUUUCGGAGCAGACGUUCUGGCGCUGGCGCGACCAGAAGGACAGUGCCGAACAGGAGGGCAUGGGUGUGGCGCUCACCGGACUAAAGGCGUUCUUCAAGGCGCUCGAGGAUGACGCCGGCGAUGACGAAGAGCGCACGUGAUAGCCGGUGACACUUAGGAUUAAUUUCAGAGGCGCGCGAGCGCCGGGCUCGCCACAGAGAGCGAGCCAACGGACGCCUGACAGUGACGCCAUGUGUCUGGGAGAUUGUGCAAGUGCGUGUGUGACCUGGAGUGAGAGGCGACGACGGCGGCUCGGCCGCAGAGGGAGACUAGCGCCGCCAGUGGCCCAACGGCGCGGCGACACCGCGUUAGUGAUUUUGUAUCGCGAAUACGAAACGUGGUUCAUUUUGCGAUGGCUAUGCGCAUUAUUUAAUGAACAUUGUAAAUCUAAUAAUCUUGGCCUAUUAUCCUGUGUGUUGUGGAUGCGAUCCGCUGUGUCGGUUUUGUGCAGUUGUGUACAUAGUUUGAUGACGGCGGACGGGGCAGUGGGCAGGCGGCGGGGCGCCACACCGCCCUCGGUUCGGCGCGCUUUAUAUCAUAAAGCAAAUUAUAAUUUUAUAAAUAAAAAAUAAAAACACA